UUGAUGAGGGCAGUCGUGCGCCUCACUCUGUUAACGUUAUAGUGUGUCUGUGUCCUUUACACGUAAAUAAUAAACAGCAGUGUCCUGCCAGUGCCACCGCUUGCUGCUUCUAGAUCGUUGUGUCCGUCUUCACUGUGUUCUACUAAGUAUUUUAUCGACACAAAGAUGCUGGCUCCAAAUGUUAUGGAGGUUGGAAGUCCCCGCUCCCACAACUAUGGAUACAAGAAGGACUUCCGAACAGCGCUACCACAACUCCUCGCUGUAAGCGUCAAAAAUCUCCUCUUAUUAGGCUACGGCAUGACGCUCGGCUUUCCGACUAUUCUCAUUCCAGCUGUGAAAGACCCAAUAGAAGGAGAAGUUUUACAAUUGCAGAAGUCAGAAAUAUCUUGGAUAAGUUCCAUAAACUUGAUCUUGGUGCCGGUGGGGUGUGCGCUAUCAGGCGUGGUGGCAGCGCCCCUGGGCCGCCGCCGCGCCAUGCAGCUGGUCAACGUGCCGUUCUUCGUGGCCUGGCUGGUGUUCCACUUCUCGAGCUCGGCGACGCAUCUGUACGUCAGCCUGGUGCUGACCGGAUUGGCUGGAGGGCUGCUCGAAGCACCAGUGCUGACGUACGUGGCGGAGAUAACUCAGCCUCACUUGCGCGGCGCCCUCACAGCAACCAGUUCGAUGUGCAUUAUCAUCGGAAUCUUCACUCAGUUCCUCUUCGGACUCCUCUGCUACUGGAGGACUGUAGCUCUUAUUAACAUAACUUUUACAAUAGCUGCAGUCAUAGCUCUGUUCUUCGUGCCAGAGUCACCGCACUGGCUUGUGUCCCGGAAACGAUAUGAAGAAGCAAGAGAGAGUCUACAGUGGCUUCGUGGUUGGACAACACCAUCCUCAGUGGAGGGAGAACUCAUGGACAUAAAAGCUUUGUUUAAGGAAAGAAAUGAAUCAUCAGAUGAGGUAGAAACGUUGUGGGAACGUCUGUCUGCUUACACUGACAAAAGCUUCCUUCAUCCGUUUUUCUUGGUCGCGUACGCUUUCUUCGUUGGACACUUCAGUGGGAUGACGACGUUACAGACGUACGCAGUGUCGAUAUUCCAGAUGCUGCAGGCGCCGCUGGACAAGUACCACGCCACCUUGAUCCUGGGUGUGCUGCAGGUGGCUGGCUCGGCGUGCUGUGUCCUAGCCGUGCACACCACCGGCAAGAGACCACUCACGCUGUUCUCCACCGCCGCGGCCGGCACCUGCUGUCUACUCCUGGCGGCCUACGAGGGAUACCUGCGAAUGAUUGACCCCGACGACGUCCGGUCUCCGAGGUCCAACACAAGCAUCACCAACGGGACAAUGGACGUUACACAGGACUAUAAGAACCCGUACUCCUGGAUGCCCACAACUCUCUUGAUGGUGCUGGCGUUUGUCACCCACACCGGUAUCAGGUUACUGCCGUGGAUUCUAAUCGGGGAGGUGUUCAGCUCUAAGUGCAGGUCCGGAGGAGCUGGGCUAUCCAGUGCUGUGGGCUAUAUCUUCGGAUUCCUCACCAACAAGAUGUACAUCAGCAUGGUUGAGUCCUUGUCCAUCUGGGGCACCUACGGACUCUACGGCCUCAUCUGUAUAUCAGGAUGCAUUACGUUCUACUUCAUCCUGCCGGAGACUGAAGGCAAGAAGCUGAAUGAUAUUGAGGAUCACUUCGCAGGAGUCAAGAGGUUAUCCAACAGCAUUUACCGCUCUCAGAAAAAGGUGAUGAUUGGAGUUAUCAACCCAGCGUUCUCAAAUACUAACCAGAAUGAGAGCAACAGUAGCACCCGGCUGUAGUGACGAUCGGUGGUCAAAACCCACUCAAGAAGCAGCAACAAGUUUCUCAACAUUGGAGUAACAGGCAUAUACCAGCUAUGUCCUUAUACGUACUAAACUCAAACUAAUAAACACCAUACUACGUAUAUAUAUCAGUGCAAUAGUAGGUAAUUAAUGCAUCUAUAUACCUAUAUGUUAUUAACUUCAAUAUAUGUAUAAAUGGAAUACCUUAUUAAAUAUGUUUUACUAUUA